AUGGCCAAGAGGAAAGUUGUUGAAGAAGUCGACACUUCUAAGCCAACUAAGAAACCUACAAAAUCAACUGAAUCCAGCAAAAAACUGAUUUCAAUUUGCUUACCAUCUACAAUAAUAUCAAAUAAAAAUGCUUAUAAUUUAGAUCAAAUAACUCAUAUUGCAUAUCAAGUAGCUAAAGCUUGUACUAUUUAUAAUAACGUGGUAGAGAUUGUUAUUUUAGAUAUACCGAAUUCAGAUGAUGAAGAUUCAAAAGAUAAGAAAGUGAUUGAAAUGAGUGGUAAUAAAGGUGGUAAGAAAUUGAAAUUUAACUUUAAUGAUGAAGAUAUCAUAAUGGAUAAUAAACCAAAGGAAGUAGUUAAAAAGGAAGAAGAAGAAGAACCGGCUGUUUCUAAGCUCACUGAUGGCUUGUUGUUGGCCAGUUUAUUACAGUUUUUCAUUACUCCACCAUAUCUUAUCAAGAGUUUAUUUUCAAAUCAAAAUAGUCAAUAUCAAAUAUUAAAGAAAUUUACUCAUGCCUGGAAAUUACCUAAAAUCACUACGUUACCAUUCAUGACCAAUAAUCAAGUGUAUAAAGACUUUAAAGAAGGUAUAACCAUUCCAAAAGAAACUCCUAAGAUCACCAAGAAAUCAAAGGGAAGUAUAUCUCGUCAAAAGAAUCCUCAUAAGUUGUUAUUGAUCUUAAGAAUAAAACCAUUGUUUUCUCCCUUGAAAGCUUAUGGGAUUGAAGGGAAUAAGUCAUCAUUCGGUUAUUACAUAAGAUUAGUGAAAAAGUUCAAUCAAUUAUUUACAGAAAGUUCAAAUAAAGAUGGAUAUAGUAAGAGUAUAUUCAUUCACUGUGAUGAUUAUUUUAACAAUUACAACAAUAUUGAAUCUUUAGUUCAAAUUCCUGAUCAUAAACUGAACGAUGCUGAAGAUGAGGGGAAUAUUUUGAUUGUGAUUGGAAAUUACAAUGAUUAUGAUAAGAGUUUUAAACAAGAUCAAGUCAAUUUACCAGGUGUUGACAAUAUAGGUCAAAUGUUCGAUAGUAAAUUAAAUGUACCAAAUGGUAUUAAAAUCGAAGAUUCUUUAUUAAUUGCUUUAACUAAAGUUGAUUAG